AUGAUCAUCGACAAGGCACUGAAGAAACCACCUCGAAGACGAACGUUUGCAAGUCGCACAGACACUGAGCUGAUCGACGACCUGGAGCGGAACGCACUCCGGCAGAAGAGGGACGCGGAUGUGGAGUACCGUGCUUGUUCGCACUUUCAAGUUGAGAUGCUGCUCAUACCGCUUUCCAUCGCCAUGAUACCAAUCAUCCUUUGUGCGCUGAUCACCUGCACGUGUUGCUGUGGACCGAAAGAGUCUAGAGGAAAGCUGCCAGACGACUUCCUUUCUUCUUUCCCGAUGUCAAAGAAGCGAAGCCAAAUGAACUCGGAAGAGAUGGAACUGGAGUUUCGCGAUGGCUACGUGCAACGUAAAGACUCAACACGAACGAAAUUUUCCACGGUGGUUUCGUACAUCGAGGAUCGAAGAGAGAGUCUCUGGUCACUGCGGACCGAGGGCGGAACGCCAAUUGGCGGCGCCGAGUCUGGACUGGACAUAGCACCCCCCGAAGCAAAUCCUCCCGUGACCAUCACCGACCAGCUGCGCAAGACACCCUCCAUGGAGUCAAUCAAGAGAACACGAUUCAGUGACACCAUAUCCGUAAUCAGUACGGAAUCAUUUUCCCGUCGAUAG